AUGCGAAGCAUCUAUUCGUGCGAGUUGCGGGGCGGCAGCGGCGCUGUGAUCCGGAACUCAGACUGGAGAGAGGUCGCGACGAGCUGGUCGGACAACCAGCCCUUGAACUCGCCAUUUGACGUCGCCGUGCGGCAGGAUGGCAGCGUCUGGUUCACAGACCCAUCGUACGCGGCCGCGCAGGGGGUGCGAGAUCCCCCGGUGCUGGGCGACUGGGUAUGGCGGCAUGACUCCGUGUCUGGCGCGAUGGAGGUUGUGGCGGACGGCUUCGUCAAGCCGAACGGUCUGGCCUUCUCGCCCGAUGAAGCCGUUCUCUACGUGACCGACACCGGCCAUGCGACUGGCCGCCAAGGCGCCGCAGCGACUGACCCGGGCACUGCGCGCUCCCGCCGCGCCUGGGCCUAG